GUCUUUAGAACGCUCACACCUAACAUAUAUAUUUUGUAAUGUAUUUUCGUUGUAGAUCUGCUGUGCUUUUCACUUAGAAAAGGAGUUCUCCCGUUCUCAUUUUGCAUACAGAUCAAAAUGAAGAUUAAAAAGCAACAACGGCGGAAAAAGUACCUCCAUCACCUUAACCGAAGGCGAAUGAAUAAAAAUCAAAGUAGCACCGGGGCUGUUCUAUGCAAAGUUAUGAAGGAUGAGUGGGAUCAUAAAAAGUCAACAUUGCGAAACCUAAAAGAAAUGGGUUUAGCCAAUGAUCCCAACAAAGUCUUAAAAAUCUCCAAUUUUAAACAAGACCAAUUGAAGAAAGCAAAGAAAAUUACCAAACAGGAAUCGGAGUCAGAAGAGGAAAUUGAAAAGAAGCCUAAAAUUCCACCAAAAUUUGAUGUUGUACACAAACUAGAGAAGGAAGCUAAUGCUCCAAGAGAAAGAAAAUUUAUGUUACCAAAAGGUCAAGUAGAAUUUAUUACUUAUCUAUUGGAUAAAUAUAGACAUGACUAUAAAGCUAUGUCUAGAGAUAAAAAGAAUUACUAUCAAGAAACAUGGAAACAAUUAAGAGCAAAAGUAAAAACUUUUAUGGGCAUUCCAAAACAAUAUGCUGAGUAUUUAAAAUCAAGAGGAUUAAUAGACAAAGAAGAGGACGAAGACGAGUUAAAGAGACAAGCAAAAGCUUUAGUUGUGGAUGAUAGUGAAUAAAUGUUUUUAAAUUAGAC